CAAAAGCAGCCGCUCAUAGACCGGGCGCCACCGACGGCGGCCACCGACAGCAAAGAGGCGAGCGGCGGGGAGACGGCGGUCGGGCUGGCGCUGAAGUGCACGGCGGAUCUCGCGAAGCACCUGCCGACGGGCACCGUGCUGGCGUUCCAGAUCCUGUCGCCGGUGUUCACCAACCAGGGGCAGUGCGACAACGCCAACCGCGCCAUGGCCGCCUGCCUCGUCGCCCUCUGCGGCCUCUCCUGCUUCCUCCUCAGCUUCACCGACAGCUUCCGCGACUCCGCCGGCAAGGUACGGCACGCCGUCGCCACCUUCCGGGGCCUCUGGGUCAUCGACGGCACCCCGCCGCCGCCCCCCGACGUCGCCGCCACCUACCGCCUCAAGUUCAUUGAUUUUCUGCAUGCGUUCAUGUCGGUGUUGGUGUUCACGGCGGUGGCGCUGCUGGACGCGAACAUCGAGUCGUGCUUCUACCCGGUGCUGUCGUACGACACGAAGCAGGUGCUGACGGUGGUGCCGGUGGCCGCCGGACUCGUCGGCGGCGGCCUAUUCGCCACCUUCCCCUCCACCCGCCACGGGAUCGGCUUCCCGCUCUCCGCCUCUUGAUUUCGAUCGUGACCACCACCACCACAUCAUUUGUGUCAGAUUCUUUCUAAUUCAUUAAAAAGGAGAUUUUCAACGAGGAGGAUGGUAGCUAGGGCGCAUAUAUAAAAUAAAAUAAAUGUGUUUGUAUUUUCUUUUAUACCUUUGUUUAAUUGCUUGUGUAUUUGUGUAGUGGUUUUCUAGAGUGACGCGAGAGUUAGCAAUACAUUAGAUAGUUUUUCUUUUUUGGGUGGAUUUUUUAAUUUUUUUGUGGGUAAGAUCGGCACCUUGUUGUCCUCUUCAUUGUUGUUGGAAGCAAUAAACGUUCCUUCCUUCCAUAUGAAUCCACAAAUGCUAGUUGAUAACUUGAUA